AUGACAGAAGAUGAAAUAUCAUUAGUAAAACUAUACACAACACCUUCAGAAAUCUGUGAUAUAAAAAUAACUGAAGAACAUCAAUUAUCACAUAUUUUAAUUAGUUUAACAGCUGAUGGAGUUUCUAUGUGGAAGUCUGAGAAUACAUUUACGGCUGAUAUAAAAUUUCAACAAUUAGUUGUGAGGCAAGUAAAAGAUUUUGUGUGUUUUGGUGAUCAGAUACUAUGUACUACAUUUACAAAUUUAAUUUAUUUAUUGAUGCUUGAUGAUGAGACGUCAUAUUUAAAAACAUCUGCAAAAGAAUAUUGUGAAGCUGGAAAUGUCUUAGAUAAUUCGGGAUAUUUGUACAAAAUCUUGGAAGAAGUUGAUAAAAAUGACAAACUUGCAAAGAAAAUUAACGAAGAAAGCAAUUAUAUAACAGCAUUAUCAUUAUCAAAUCGUCCUGAUAUAUUGGAUAAGGUUAUAGGAUAUUGUGUGUUUGUUUAUGAAAAAUAUGAAGAAGUACUUAAAGAAAGUGUGGAGUUGACUUUGACUGACAAUAUCAAUGAAUACUUUGUGAAUAAUUUGUUUUACUUUUUAAUAAAAAUAACUGUUUUGUUUGAAAAACAAAAAAUAAGUGACAUUUUAAUACAAGUAUUAAUGGAUUUAAUGAUACAUGUGACAUUUUUGUCUGAACAAAAGGUUAUUAAAACUACAAGUAUAAAGGUGCUGGAAGAACUGAAAAACUCUAAUAUACUUAUUCCAUUAAGUAGUAGAAAUAUAAAUUCAACCGUUGAUGUAAAUAUUAAGAUUGUAAAAAGAAUACCAGGAGCAUUUGCACAGGAACAAGUAUUAUGCACAAUUUUACAUCAAAAACGAAUAUCUCUUAAUUCUGAGCAUUUCAUAAAAUCAAAAAUCAUUACGAAAAAUAUAAUUUUAUUAAAAGAACCAGAAUACUCUGUUGAAGAUACAAUUCAUCAUGUUUCGUUUAAUAACAAUAAACAUUUGUUUAAAUUUACUGAUAUAUCAAAUUUAAGACAAUUUGAUGAGUGGUCUUUCUACAUGAAAUUGCCAAAGAAUUACGAAGAAGCAUUUAAAAACGAAUCUUUCUAUAUACAGAAGUUUUGUUGUAAUAAAGCAAAACAAUUACUACAAGAAAACACAUCUGAAGAAUUUAUCAAAGGAUUAAACACCAUUGGUUUUGAAAUAGGAAGUGAUAAAGUAAAAAUCGAAGUUAUCAAUGAUGGAUUCUCAAGUUCCUCACUUAAAGUUACUAGUAAAGAUAUCAAAAUAGGAUUAGAUAUAAGGAAUUUCUACAGUGAUCUGACUUAUAAUAAUUUCAAGGAAUAUAAACCUGGCAAAGAGUUUGUCAGAUAUACUAUAUAUACUACAGUUGAAAAUUUCCAGAAAGCAGUAAAACAGUGCAUUAUAGAAGGCUUUAACAAUGAAAAAUUUAAAGUCCUAUUUGAACAGUUUCAAAGAGAUGUAUUUGGUGCUUUGCCUUUAUGA